UGUGAAUUGUUGACCAACAAAGCACCAGCGAAGAAGACAAGGGAGAAAAGAGGUAGAAGGUGGAACUCGCCGAAUGGGUCGACGAGAGCCAAAGAGCGACGUGAUAUUUGUGCCGAAGAAAGCAUCGAAGUUGUUUGAAUCUUGGGGUACUUUGUAAAGAAACGAUGGCGUCUUACGAGGGGCGACUUUGUCGAGCGACGGAAGAGAACGAGCGAGAGCAGAACGACAUUUUCUCGCCUCCGGUCGUGCUGUACACCCAAGAUUGCCAAGAGGAACUUUUCCCGCAGCCGCACGAGCGCCCGCAGCAGCCCAACAUCAUUGAGGUAGCAGCAGAUCCGAAACUGCUCCACGUUAAGGAGGAAGAGGAGGAGAUGGACGUCAGCCAGUUGCCACUGAACGUUGUCGUCGUGAAGAGCGAGGACGACCAGGACGACGCGUUUGACUUCUCGCAGCUUCAUCAACACAGUCCGAGUGGAGGCCCACCAGCAGACAUGGGCUUGCCUCCACUAUCACACGAAGAAGAAGGUUUGCGCAGCGACGACGGCGACAUCACUCCCUCCCUACAGGAUACAACUGAAGUGGGAGCGGACACACAUGAGAGCGAGUUCAUUUGCUCGGUUUGUGGGGAAAGCUUUAUCGAGGCGGACAGGUUUCGCCACAUGAAAACGCACAGCAGAGAAAAACUUUUCAUCUGUUCCGUUUGCGGCCUGACGUUUAAAGAAAAGGUCGCUCUGAUCGUGCACAAAAUAACGCACACGGCAGAAAAUCCGUUCACUUGCUCAGUUUGCGGCAAAGUGUAUUUGAUUAAAGACUACUUGAAUAAGCACAUGAAAACGCACACGGGAGAAAAACCUCACAGUUGCUCUGCUUGCGGGGAAAAGUUUGCUCACAAGGCCACUUUGAUCGCCCACACGGCGACACACACGGGAGAGAAACCCUUCACGUGCUCUGUUUGCGAUAAAAACUUUUCUUAUAAGUCCGACUUGACCAAGCACAUGAGAACGCACACAGGAGAAAAGCCCUUUAGUUGCUCGGUUUGUGGCGAGAAGUUUGCCCGCAAGGUCUCGUUGAUUGCGCACACGGCGGCGCACACGGGGGAAAAACCUUUCACGUGCUCCAUUUGCGGUGAAAGCCUCUCCUAUCGACACAGUUUGAACACACACAUGCGGACACACACCGGAGAAAAACCCUUCACUUGCUCAGUUUGCGGCGAAAGCUUUGCCCGGAAAGAAAAUCUGGUCGCGCACAUGAGAAGACACACGGGAGAAAAGCCUUAUACGUGUUCACUGUGCGGGAAAAACUUUUCUCACAAGUCGGCCAUGAGUAGACACCAGAGGGCCCACACCGAUGAAAAAGCGUUGACGUGCACACUUUGCGACGACAGGUUUUUGAAGAGGGCCGGUUUGACGGCACACAUGCGCAAACAUAAGGCAGAAUGAAGGCUCUCCCGCCGCAUUUGCGAUCAAACGUGGGAUUGAUGUCAUAAUCGAUUGAAGCGAUCGUUUGUAAAUAGUGUGCGGCACUCAGGGCAACCUUGGUCUGAUCAGUAUUUAUACCUUCAUUUUAAAAUAAUGGCUUCAAACGUUUUCACUUAUCCUUAGCCAACAUUACAACGUUAGCGUAGUAUUUGCCUGUUAGAUUCCGAUUUGUGUAUUACUUUGUCUCUGCUGUGUUUCAUUCCAUGAAGUGUCAUGUCUCAAAUGUUUUGUUAAUAAAUCACAAUCUUGAAAAUAAAGCGGAGUCUGUUCAGAUUCUGACAA